AUGGCUACGACAGAGGCUGCGCUGCCACCCCAUGAUCGCCCCGAUCGUCCGGGUCGGCGCCGUCCGUUUUCCACCUGGGUCAAAAAGCUCACCAACUUCAAGAGCUCCUCCUCGAGCGACGGCGGCGGCGUCCGUCUGCCCAGUUCCAAGCGCCAACAGGCCAAAUUCCGCCGAGCCUCCAAGAACAACAACCCCUAUCCACAGUCGGGCCGCGUAGCCUCCGCCAGCCACGCCGAUGUCGACGUCGAGACCAGCUCCUACUCGUUUUCUACCGCUCUCAGUGGCAGCGCAACGUCUCUCGAGCGGGAGUCUGACGAUGGCCGCGCCCCGCCUACGACCGGCGGAAGGUCCAUGGCCCCCACGAUUGCCACAGACCACGAUGGCGCCCAUUCUCUAGUCGCCCAAUCCAACAACGCCCCGUCCGUUGCGGGAACGAGUCGGACGAUCGGAGGGGUCGAGUCGCGCAGAGGAGGAGACAGCACUUUCUCGUCGCCAGCUCCCUCGGUGCGUUCGCUCACGACGACUCUCACCACGAUACAAUCCAUGCCACCCAACGGCGGCACCCACGUGCCCACGAACCCGACCAACAACGGUAACCACACUUCGCAUCAGGGUCAUACCCACUCGAUACACUUCAACCAGCCCUUCCCGACAGCAUCGCCCGCUUCUGCCAUACCGGCACAUCUAGCGCCCUCGUCGUCGGGCCCGGGUCACCCCACGACGUACUCGACAGCGACGGCCAACAACUUGCUCACCGAUAACGCGUCCAUCAUCACUCUUGCGUCGUCCUCAAAACGCCGGCGCCGUCGCUCACUCGACACCGACGCCUCAGUCCGUGCCCUAGCUCCUUCGUCGCUUUGGGGCGGCAGCCGGGAAAGUCUCCCCUUGAGCGUCCUCAGCGCCAACAUCGAUCAGGGCGCAGGCAUGCCGACCACACCAGGCCUCCACCAGAGCAGCUCGCGAAUUGCCAAUGCCGAGCGCACCAGCAUAUACUCGGCAACCGGCGUGGCCCCGGCCAUGCCCGGAGAGCGCAACAGCUUUUAUGCGAAGCAGAGCGGCACCGGCGACGGAGCGAGCGUUCGGAGCGGACUGCUGGGCCACGGCCGGGCUGACAGCAUCAGCGGGAGCAUCGGCGGAGUAACCAGCCCGUUGACGAGCCCGCGGGAAGCAUCAGAGAUUGACGAUACCGAUGAUCGAGGAGAGGGCACGAGUCGAACGAAGGAUGACGAGGAGCGAUGA